AUGGUCCGCGUCAUCAGAGCUCCGUUACAUCGACCUAACAUACAUUACUCUGUCAUCAAAGUACCUGUGAAAGAAGUCAUCCAGAAGUUUACCGAUGUCUUCAAUUCGACCGUUCUCAACGCAAUGGACAGGGGCAUUAUAUACUGUACGAGAAUCGACCUCAUCAAGGAUCUCGCCAAAACUCUCGGCAUUCCAUACUACACCAGCAAACUCGAUGAUCAGCUGGACGAGCGCGCAAACACACAGGAGAAGAAACGAAGAUUCCAAGCCUGGCGCGACGGUAGCACACCCAAGGAGAGAUGGAUGAUCGCAACACUUUGUUUUGGCGAGGGGAUCGAUUUUCCUGGAGUCCGGGUUGUCAUCCAUCUAGAGGUGAAUAAUAUGCUACGGUUCUUGCAAGAGACCGGUCGAUUAGGAAGGGACGGGCUCCCCUCGUCUUCUGUUUUGAUUUACAGCAAACUGCCACUGUACGGCGAGCCUGACAGAGACGAGCAUCUUGGCGUACUUCCAAUGAGAGAGUUCAUUCAGACGGAUGGCUGUCGUCGCCUCACGUUUCAACAUUUUGACCCUGACGCUCACUCGUGCUCAUCAUUCGCCGGUACUCUACUUUGUGACAACUGCCAGUUCAUGAAAAAUGUGAGUGUUUCGUACUUGUUAUAUGCGCUCAUUGUAAUUGACCCAACCCUUUUAGUCUGCAGACGUCACUGUUAG